AUGAUAUCUAGAUGUAGAGAUAUUCAAAAAAUACAAUCUCCGAAUUUUGUAUUUGAAUAUAUAUCAAAAAAAUUGAGUGAUUUAUUAUCAGUUUACAUGUUUAUUAAAUCAAAAAUUCACAUGCCAAUUGAAAAUGUUGAUUUAACAUUAUUUUUAAAAACAAUUUCAAAAUAUAUUAAGAUUUUUAUAUUUUUAUUAAGAAUUAUAAGAAUUUUUAAAGUUUCUUAA